CAAGCUACACACCUCCAACACAAACCCAAUCAUUUGUUAUCAUUCCAAAACAAUAUGAGCUUCCUCGUACUACUACUACUUGUAUUGUCGGCUGUACUAGGUUCCGCUCUCUCAAAAACCAAUUCCUCCAUUUCCAUAGCCAAAUCCAAGUGCAGAGACAGUUGCGGCAACGUGAUGAUCCCGUAUCCCUUUGGGCUGACAGAAGAUUAUUGUUCCCUAAACUCAAACUUCUUCAUCGCCUGCAACUCCUCCUUCGAUCCUCCCAAGCCAUAUUUACCAAACAGUAACAUAGAGAUAAGUGAUAUAUCAGUUGAUGGGCAGUUGACCGUUAUGAAGUACAUAGCUCGAAUUUGUUAUUCCAAAACGGGUGAAGCAGUUCCCCCAUCGGACUCAUGGCUGAAAACCUCAAACUUCUACGUCAACCAGACCGCCAACAAAUUCGUCGCUGUCGGCUGCGACGCUGUCGCUACUGUCUCAGGCUCCGACCGGUCCACUAAGAUGGAAGGUUGCAGGGCAUCCUGCGACGGCAUAGGAGAGGUUAAAAACGGGACGUGUAGUGGGAUUGGGUGUUGCGAGACCGCCAUUCCUAAUAUGGCCAAGAACGUGUACUUCACAGUGGGGAGUAUUUUUUCCUAUAACCAAACCACCGGUGUUGUUCCCUGCAACUACGCGUUCGUGGUGAAGAACGGUGGGUUCGACUUUUCGUCGACUAUGCUUACCAAAGAAUGGGAUGUUGUGGAGUUUCCCAUGGUUCUUGACUGGUUUAUCUCGAGUGAAACGUGUAAUACUGCGUGUCAAGGGAAUACGUCAUGUGUUCCUGUAAAUGGUACUGUUAAUGGUGAGGGGUAUCGUUGCGCUUGUAAGGAGGGUUAUGAAGGCAAUCCUUAUCUCUCCGGUUGCAAAGAUAUCGAUGAAUGUGUAAAUGGACAGAACAACUGCUCCAUAAACUCUAUUUGCUCAAACAUCGAAGGUAGUUAUGAGUGCCAUUGCGAGGAAGGUUACCAUGGCGAUGGGAAGGGGGAAUUGGGCUGCCAAUUACCUAAGGAUGAUUGCAAAGAUAAUGGGAAAGGGUGCACUUCUUCUAAACGGAUGAUUAUUGAACAUUUUAUUGGUAUUGCUUUAUGCACUGUGCUGUUGAUAAGUGGGUUUUGUCUGUACUUGGGAUAUCGAAGGAAGAAAUCAACACAAAUCAGAGAGAAAUUCUUUAGAGAAAAUGGAGGAUUGAUUUUGAAGCAAAAGAUUGCUCAAGGCACUACGUCUUCAUGCACAACAAGAAUUUUCACUGCUCAAGGGCUUAGAAAAGCGACCAACAACUAUGACCAAACUAGAAUCAUUGGUCAAGGAGGUUUUGGGGUUGUUUAUAAAGGGCACCUUCUUGAUGGUCGAACAGUAGCCGUUAAGAAACCCAAAAUGUUGGACCCAACCCAAGUCGAGCAGUUCAUCAAUGAGGUUAUUGUGCUCUCUCAAAUCAAUCACAGAAACAUAGUCAAACUCUUUGGUUGUUGUUUAGAAACAGAAAUUCCGUUACUCGUUUAUGAAUUCAUAAACAACGGAACAUUAUGUGAGCAUCUAAACGACAAAAACAAGGCGUCCACAUUAGCUUGGCCGGUCCGCUUAAGAAUAGCUACUGAAACAGCUGAGGUGCUAUCUUAUUUGCAUUCUGCAGCUUCUCCUCCUAUAAUCCACAGAGAUGUUAAACCCGCAAAUAUUCUCCUGGAUAAUGAGUGCACAGCCAAAGUAUCUGAUUUUGGAGCAUCAAGGUUGGUUCUACAAGAUCAAACUCAAUUGAUAACUAUGGUGCAAGGAACAUUUGGUUAUCUCGAUCCAGAAUACAUGCAGACCCACCAAUUAACAGAAAAGAGUGAUGUUUAUAGCUUUGGAGUUGUCCUGAUGGAAUUGUUAACAGGUAGAAGGGCAGUAAUUUACGAUGGUCCAAUGGAAGAGAGGAGUCUUUAUGAACAUUUCCUUUCAUCAUUGAAAACCAAUCAAUUGUUCAAGAUUCUUGACGACAACAUUGUCUGUGAGGGAAACACUGAAGAGUUACAAGAGGUUGCUUUACUUGCAAGAAGGUGUUUAAAUGUGAAGGGGGAGGAAAGACCAACAAUGAAGGAAGUUGCAGUGGAGCUAAGUGGAUUGAGGAGAGCAGCAAAACAUUCAUGGGUUAAUAAUUCAGACACUUCCAUAAAAUCACAUGCUCUAUUUACUGAUGAUCAGCCACCGCUAAUCUCCUCCGGAUAUAUUGAUGCCACUUUUAGUAUAACAAGUGAAUAUGAUAGCUUAAAACAUCAUAUGGAGUUACCAAUGACUACUGCAAGAUAAUUGUAGCACGGCUGUCGAUUGCAUGGGUAGUUCAGUUGGUCACAAUGGUAAAGUUUAUGAACAAUGAUUCGAGUUGAGUCUCAUCAGUAACAAUGUGAUGCAAUCUCUCAAAGUGAGUAGCUCAUGAUUUAUAUCAUUCCAAA